AUUCCUACACCAGCAGUGACCAAAUGUCAAAGAAGGAUUAAGGUGCUGCACUGGGAAAUCCCCACGGUGGCGAGACGGAGGCGAUUGGAGGAAUCCAACUCACGGCAAUCAAAAGAUUCAAAUAAUUUAAAAAGGAAAGCGGAUAUAGCGCACCUCACGGUGACUCAUAAGGCAGCGGGCAGGGCAGAGCAGAGAUAGUGAUACCCUGCUUGGAAAGCAUUGUCGCUGAAGAAAAGGGGCUUUGUUCACACGGACCAAGUAGUGACAGAAUCACAUGAUCUAUUCCUGGAUGGGAGAGACGUAACACUUUUAACGCUGAGCUGCUCAGUCAAGACGAUGAUUGAAUUUAUGAGGCAGUGGGGACAUGUAACAUCACUUAUAAGCUCAUUACACUCGUGUCUGAGGAUAAAGGAGAUAUCAGAGUUUUAAAAUGGCAAGUGGAGGAUAUUAACUGGCAACAUAAUCCCAAAUUUAUGUGCCGCUUGGUUGGUUUUUUGAAAGUUUUAAGUGGCAUAAAGCAUAAAAAUUGAACCCCAUUUUGCUUCAAGGACUUCCAGACAAUAUAUUUCAUUUCUGAUCAUAACCAUGCGUGUGCUUUUAUAUGUGAAAUGAAGAGUUAUACCUUUUUAUAAAAUAUUUCUCAGAGAAAUAUGAGGGAUUAUUUUCUAAUGAUGACAUUUUGAUGAUGUUGAGACACGUACAGGUCCCUUGUAAUUCAGCGUGCUGCACAUCCUCUGACUUUCCCAUGAGAUGAAUGGGUCUUGUUACUGGUCACUGUGCAUCUAUGCUGGCUGAAGCUGGAGAAAACGAGAGAAAGCGAGAGGGAGGAGGGACGAGGAUGGUUGGAUGGGUGGGUGGUUGGUUGGUUGGUUGGGUCGGAGGGGGGUGAAGCUGUCCUGCAUCAAUGAGCCUGUUGAUCAGAAAAGACCACUGCACUGUCUACCUCAGAUACCGACACCUGUGUGGAUUCACUGAGCUGCGGGGAUCCUACCAUGAUUUGGACUUCAGUUCUCCUGAUGAUUGUUGUUUCUCAUGUUAAUUCAGAAGACUACUGUUAUAAUGAGCCACAUUGUGAUCCUUACGCAUGGGGAGACAUGUUCCCAUCUUGUCACCCUUUACUUGAAGAGCACCAUUCUCCCAUCAAUCUGGACCAUCACAUGACCAGAAACGAAUCUCUGGAAGCUUUACAUCUGGAGGGCUUCGAUGCGAUUCAAACAGGCCACUGGACGCUUCACAACGACGGACACUCUGUUGUGCUGCAGGUUGGCAAUGGCAUGUCUGUGAGUGGUGGAGGUCUUCCAGAUGUGUACCACACCAUCCAGCUGCACUUCCACUGGGGAGGCCUGGGAACCAAUGGGUCGGAGCACACAGUGGACAGACGCAGAUACCCGAUGGAGAUGCACAUUGUCAACAUGAAGUCCAUCCAUCCGAAUUUGACAGCAGCCUUGGAUGAUCCAACGGGACUUGCUGUUCUUGGAUUCUUCAUUGAUGUUGUGUAUUCAGACAACAUCCACUUUGGACACAUAUCACAGAAGCUGUCCUCGGUUGCUUACAAAGGCCAAACUACUAAAGUCAAGCCAUUCCCACUGAUGAGCCUCCUGCCGAAGCACAACAUGAGUCAGUAUUACCGUUAUUACGGCAGCCUCACCACCCCUCCAUGUUCUCAAGUGGUUGUAUGGACUGUGUAUGAAGUCCCCAUCUACAUCUCGUGGUCCCAACUGGCUCAGUUUACCUCACAGGUCUUCUCCACGGAGGAGGAUGCAGAGCAGGUGACACCACUGCAGAACAACUUCAGACACGUCCACCCGACCUUCAGUCGCAUCGUUUCGGUUUCCAAAGAUGCCAAACUCCUAACAGGGACGGCCGGUCGUCCCUUCAGGUCAGCUGUGUCACUGCAUCUGCCUCUAAUAAUCCUGCUGGGAAGCUUCAUCUCUGGACUUUAGCGUCAAGUCCAAAUCAUUAAAGCACUAAAACACCAAACAAAUUCAUGUUCUCUGGUCAGAGAGGUCUCAAAUUUGAACCUGGGGUACUGUGUAGAGUUUUAGAAAACUCACUCAACAAACUGUGAAGAAGAGUACUGUAAUUGCUACGAAAUGUCUCAUGAUUGUUUUGGCAGGAUUAACUCCAUUGGUGCAUUCAAACAUAAAAAUACAUCUCCUUACUAAUAGUUAAUGUGAAUUUAAAAAAAGGUCGCAUUGAAAUGUGUUUGCAUUUAUAAAUGGAAGCACUCAUAGCUUACCCUUGAAAUAGUACAUUCCUAACAUAUGUUGUCUUUUUAUUUAGCUUUGGGUCAGAUACCGUAGAUAAAAACACAAUAAAAACAAAACAACUAUAAACAUCUGUAGUGCUAAAAGUUAGUUAGAGUGAAAAAUUUGUCUACUGCUGUGCUAGCAGCUACUAAAGGCUAACAUUAGCAUGCUAACAUGCUCAUAGUGAUAGUGCUAGCAAUGUGAAUUGAGCAACGGUAGCAUUGAAAUGUGUUUUAUGAUGCAGCCAUGUGUAACUACACAAAUGUUAAAAUUUAAGAGUGCUAAAAGUAAAAAAAAUGUUAGCAGCUACUAAAGGCUAACAUUAGCAUGUUAAUAUGCUCAAAAUGAUAAUGUUAGCAUGUUGAUGCUAAUGUUUAGCAUCUUAUUUUAGUAUGUUAGCAUUUUAACAUUUGCCAACCAGCACUAAAUACAAAGCACAGCUGGAUGUUUUUAGUUUUGGGCAGGUAUUUGGUCACAAAGCAAAGUAUAGUAAACAAGUUAGAGUAAAAAAAAAUAAAAAAAACAUUAAAGUUUACUUCCAUGUUAGCGGCUACUAAAGGCUAACAUUAGCAUGCUAACAUACUCAUAGUAAUAGUGCUAGCAAUGUGAAUUGAGCACCGGUAGCAUUGAAAUGUGUUUUAUGAUGCAGCCACGUGUAACUACAGAAAUAUUAAAAUUUAAGAGUGCUAAAAGUAAAAAAAAAAGAUAGCAGAGUCUAGUGCCAUGUUAGCAGCUACUAAAAGCUAACACUAGCAUGCUAAUGUGCUCAAAAUGAUAAUGUUAGCAUGUUAAUGCUAAUGUUUAGCAUCUUCUUUUAGUAUGUUAGCAUUCUAACAUUUGCCAACCAGCACUGAAUACAAAGCACAGCUGGAUGUUUUUAGUUUUUGGCAGGUAUUUGGUCACAAAGCAAAGUAUAGUAAACAAGUUAGAGUAAAAAA